CUCUUUGAUCUACAACAGGGAAGAAUGCGAGGACUUUAUCCUAUUUUGCUCUUUUUCUUCUUUGUCUGCUAUGUCAGGGCUAAGAAGACACGUUGGUGCGUGGUGUCAGACCCUGAACAGAAGAAGUGUGCAGAACUAGCUAAAGCUCUGGUGGCAGUGCUGCCUGCUGCUGCUGUGGCAUCUUUUGCCAGACUUUCAUGCAUACAAGCGUCCAGCACGACUGACUGCAUCGAUAGGAUCAGGGGAAACCGUGCUGACAUAGUGUCAUUAGAUGCAGGAGAACUUUAUUCUGCUGUGAAGCAGUUCGGCCUGGUUACCAUCGCCAAGGAGAUAUACAGGGACGGAGGUUGUGUUUUGUCGGUUGCCGUGGUGAGAAACAACAGCUUGGACAUACGAUCCCUGCAAGGACUCAGGAGCUGUCACAGCGGAGUGCGGUGGACAGCUGGAUGGAAUCUUCCACUCGGCUUCCUGUUGUCCCGAAACUACCUGAGCUGGUCAAAGGAGCAGCCGCUCAGUCAGGAUGUCAGUACCUUCUUCAAUGCCAGCUGUGCUCCUGGAGCUUCUGCCAUGGCACCUCCUCUGUGCACUCUAUGCCAAGGCCUGAAGUCUUACGUUCGCCAGAAGAAUUACCACUGCGAAACAUCCCACAGUGAGCCCUUCUACAACAGCCAGGGAGCCCUCAGAUGUCUCAGGAGCGGGGCAGGGGAUGUUGCAUUUUUGGAUCAUUUGGCCCUUGAAAGUAUUAAAGAGAAUGAUGAGUUCAGGUUGCUGUGUACUAAUGGCACACAAGCUCCUCUCAGCCACUACAGAACCUGCAAUCUGGGACGUGGUCCAGGAGGAGGAAUGGUCACCAGAUUCAACUUUCGCAAGGUUGCUCGCAAAUUUCUAGUAACCGCACAGAUGCUGUUUGGCCAUCGAGGGAGAGAGAGGCAGCGCUUCCAGCUCUUCAACUCAUUGACUUUUGGGGAAAACGAUCUCCUUUUCAGAGAUGUGACAGAUAAACUAGCUGUUCUUCCAGAUGGCAUAGACAUCAGUCAGGUGCUGGGGCUGGAUUAUGUGGCUCUCCUCAAAGGUCUUGGACAUGAAGGAAGUUCAUUAGAGGACAGUGUUGUGCGAUGGUGCUGCAUCAGCCAUGCAGAGCAGAAGAAAUGUGAGCAGUGGGCUCUCAGUAUAAAGUCGGAUCCGCUGGUGUGUGUGAGCGCGCUCUCAAUGCGUGAGUGUGUCGAGAAGAUUAAGAGGGAUGAGGUGGACGCUGUCUCACUGGAUGCAACUCACUCAUUCAUCGCAGGGAAAUGUGGUCUUGCCCCUGUAGUUACAGAAUAUUAUGGGACAAAAUGUGUACCUGCUGAAGGAUCAACCCAUUUAGAGACUGAUGUGUUGCCCUCACUGGUGGGUGUGGCGGUGGCAAAGCGCACCAGCAGAAAUGUAUUCAUCGGGAACCUCGGCGGGCGUCGCUCCUGUCACAGCCACAUGUACAGCCCUGCAGGCUGGCUGCUGCCAUACACACACUCGUUAAGCCUGGAGCAUAACAGCAGCUCCCCCUGUGAUCCAAAUGAAGUGUACAACCAGGUGUUUUGGAAAGGCUGCCUCCCUGGCUCUGAGGGGAACCUCUGUAAAGUGUGUAUGGGAGGCACUGGGGAGGCUGCAAGCAAGCGCUGUGCUGAAAACCACAAUGAGCGUUACUAUGGCAACAUGGGUGCUUUAAGGUGUCUGAUUGGAGAUCCCAGUGGAAAAAGCUACGGAGAUGUGGCCUUCCUUGAGCAGCACAACCUUCAGGCAAACAUUCUCAGUUUGAGCUCUGCUGGGUGGGCAAAAGGGUGGACUUCUUCUGAUUUUGAGUUGCUGUGUGGCAAUGGGCGUCGGGCCUCGUUGUCGGAGUGGGAGAGGUGUAAUCUCGGAGUCGUCCCGCCGAACACCGUCGUGACACGGCCGGUGCUCACGGCACGAGUGUACGACUUCCUCAUGAAGUCACAGGAAACGUUGGCAGCAAACCCAAACACAGAGUUCAAGCUCUUUGAGUCUCAGCAGUAUGGAGAAAGUGAUCUGCUGUUUAAAGAUGCAACACAGUGUUUCGUCCACACAAGUCACAUGGGCUACCGCUCUAUCCUCGGAGAACAGUUUUACACUCAUGCAGAAACUGUCUUCAACUGCACACACUCCGAUAUCUUGGACUUUUGCAACCAGGACGUGUGCAGCAUCUUCUAAUGGACACACAGAAGCAAAUGAUGUUUUCUUGUGCUUCUCAGUGGUUCAAAUGUUCAUCCACAUAUUUGUUUCAUCCAUAUCUGAUGACUGCAAACCUUCACUGGCUUUUUUGUUCACAUAAAAUCUCUGUUAUGCCUAACAGUUUGAGAGGACUUUCCAACAACUGCAACAUUUUUCAUCAGUCAUUAGUUUUACUAUCACUUUUACAGCAUUCAAGUGCCAUUAUAACUCUGAAUGGUGUAUUAUGUUCCAAAAUAGAUAGCCUCAACCCUGGAGGCCAUUUUAAUACAAAUGCUUGAUAGACCCCUCAGUUGUUGACAAAAUGUUGAUGCUUUUGUUGCAACAUAAAAGGUCUACAACAUCAUUAUUGAUCACAGAAAAAAGAAACUUACAACUGCUAAGCACAGCUAGGACUCAUGCGUUAUACUUAGCUCCAAGCAAAUGUCAUCAACAGUAUUUUUGCCUUAUUGUGUUUUUUUCACAUUAUUACAAAAGCUUUAAAGUUAUGUGAUCUGCUGGAGUCCGUGAAAAUGUGCUAGGUUACAAGAUGUCUGUUCAGAAUAAUUGAUGUAUAUAGUGUACUGUAUGUAGGCUACCUGUAUAUUAUGCUGUUGCCCUUAUGUGUAUGCAGUUUAGAUAAUCACAUUUAUAGCUAAUUUAGGGCUAUUGGAUGAAUAAUUUAGAGAAAAUUAAACUUAUAUUAAAUGACAAUAUAAAUACAGUAAUAAUUAUCAGCGAUGUGUACGAUUUAAUAAUUUAGGGAAAAGUUUAUUUUGGUAUAAUCUCAUUCAAAUGUAUCCUUUUUUUAAUAUUCGACGUUACGGCUAACCUGAAUCACAAUCCUUUAACUACAUUUCCCAGAAUACAGCACGACUGUUUGUGGUGUUACAUAAAACACCGUUUAUCCUGUUCGACAAUGGUUCCUACCUUAUGUCUGGCUGUUGUGGUUUGUCUCAUUAUUUAGUCGACACUUUGUAGCUGUUGAUACUUUGUUGUUCCGGGUAUUAACGUAACAUUGAACUAUAGCUACCGCUGUAGCCUGCAAAUAAGAUGAGACUGCCAUGGCAGAGCCUCACACUACACACAGCACCUGUAAGGAAGGCAUCUUCAGUCCCUACGCCUGUUUGUUAUUACCGGAGCAGGACUCUCCACAGAGUCAGGGAUCCCUGAUUACCGCUCAGAGGGUGUCGGGCUGUACUCCCG